UCACUUUUCUGUCAUCUUCUUACUUUUCACGGAUCAUCCAAUACAGCCCUCAACUAUCAUGCCCCGCCACACUCUGAAGCCGCUCUCUCGCCAAUUCCAGCCCACCCGCCCGGGUCUUGAUGGGCACGGCACGGAUCAGUCCAUGUGGGAGACUCUGGAUAGGGUACAAGUCUUAGGUGGAACGGAUGGUGGGGGGCAUACUGGAUGUGUGAACGCGCUCAGUUGGAGCGAAGAUGGUCAGACUUUGUUGUCGGGCUCAGAUGACAGGCGGCUAUGCAUAUGGCAACCGGAUUCCUCUCCUCUACCCAACACCAUCUCUCCUCACCCCCUCAAGCUGUCCACGAUGAUCAAGACUGGCCAUCGCAACAACAUCUUCUCUGCCAAAUUCUUGCCGCACGCAAAUACACCAACCAUUGUCAGCGUGGCUGGGUAUAGGGAUAUAAGAGUGUUUGAUGUGGAACGACUGGGGCGGAGUGAGGAAACUGCAGAGAAUGGGGAGAGCUGGGAUGUGUUGGAUGGGACUGGUGCUGGCGCGGCAGGCGUCCGUACCCUCCAGUGCCACAAAUCUCGCGUCAAGCGCAUCGCCACCGAAAACUCGCCCUCCCUUUUCCUUACCGUCUCCGAAGACGGCACCGUCCGACAACACGAUCUCCGCCUCCCCCACUCUUGCUCUGCAGGACUAUGCCCCGAAGUCUUGUUCAACGCGCCAAAAGGGGUGGAUCUGUAUAGCCUGAGCGUGAGCCCUGUGAUGCCUUGGAUGUUUACUGUCGCGGGGACUGCCGAGCAUGCUUUUGUGUGCGACCGUCGUAUGACUCCCUCCUCUUCAUCAUCCUCUUGGGGUCCGAAUACCAGAUCCGACGGUCAAGUCCACUGCGUCCGCCGACUCGGGCUUCCGAAUGAAGAAUGGGAGCGCGUCCUGCCAGGCCGUCGAAGAUUUGGAGGCGAUCGUCAUAUCAGUAGUGUCAGGAUGAGUGGAGAGCGAGGCGAUGAGGUCGCGGUAGCAUUCAUGAAACACUCGACCUCUCUCUUUUCGACGUACGAUUCUCCCUACUCGUCUUCCGCCAAAUCACCGAAUUCUUCACCCUUACUAUCCCCGAAUGAGAACGCCAAGCGAACAAAGAACGAUUCCGACAAAUCUGUUCUCGGAAAACGACCCACAAGCUCUCGCUCCCUCUCUCCGCCCUCAUCUUCAGCCAACCCCGGAUCCUCUUCUCGCCCAGCUCCAGCAUCCACCACCUUGCCCUUGCCAGGCGAGCCCCAAUCCGAAGAAGAUUCCGACACGGAGCCACUGUCGCCGGGCCCGCAAGCAGUCUAUAAAGAAGUGAUGGAGCGAAUCAUGGCAACGGAGCGUGAUCAGCGCAAUGCUGUCAGUGUGGGUACUUUUGAUGAGAAUGGCGAUAUGAUCGAAGGUGAGGAAUUCAGGGAGGAUGACGAGGAGUCAAGGAAUCCCGACCCCGAAUCCUCUUCUCGCCCCGCUUCAGCAUCCACCACCGGAAACGAAGAACCCCUCUCAGCCGAGGAAAGACGCAACUUGCGUGCUCUGGACUUGUUCUUGCCAGACGAGCUCCAACCCGAAGAAGACUCUGACAUGGAGUCAAUGUCGCCGGGCUUGCAGGAUUUCUAUGAAGGGGUGAUGGAGCAAGCUGCCAUCAUGGCAGAGGAGCGUGACCAGCGCCAUGUUUCCAGUGUGGAUCCUCUUGAUGAGAAUAGUGAUAUCAACGAGGGUGAGGAAUUCAGGGAUUAUGACGAGGAGUUAAGAAAUCAUUUAUCCGACACAAACAACUUGGCCGACGACCUUCUCCAACGCCCCGUCGCCGGCCCAGGCCACGACGGCACCGACGAAGACGACUAUUCGUCCCUCGACGACGAUGACGAUUUCGACAUGUUUGACGAAGACACCUAUAUCGACGCUGAUGAAGAAGACGAAGACUUUUUCGGAUCGCCCAUCUUUGGUUUUCCCUUUGGGGCACAUGCGAGUACGGCGGCGAAAGAGAAGUAUGAUUCUGUCGAUGUCGUGCAUCCUGUGAGGUCGUUCUUUGGGGCGUUGAACACUGAGACUGUCAAGGACUGCAACUUUUUGGGAGUGAGGAGUGACAAGAUCGCAUCCGGUUCGGAUGAUGGACAUUUCAUGGUCUGGGACAAAGACACCGGCAGACUCGAAGGUGUCUGGGAAGGCGACGGCGCCAUCGUCAACAUGAUCGAACAACACCCCACUCUCCCCCUAAUCGCCUCCUCCGGCAUAGACUCCACCAUCAAGCUCUUCUCUCCCUUCCACCACCGCCCCCGUCCGCAGCCUUCGUUCAACAGGUCGCAUAGAGGGGAUGAGAUCGUGGAGCGGAAUAGUAGGGUGCCGAGGUUCGUUUCGGGAGGAGGGGCGGGGGAUGAUUUGUUUGCUAUGUUGUUGAGUAGGGGGAUUGUAGUGGAGUGAUGGGGUAGAGCGGAUGAGUAUGUUGUGUCGCCGUCGGAACGCGUUGGGAGAUUGAUACUGUUGUAAGAGGUGUCGGUCGUUGAUUCAUGUAGCUCAAUUGUGUACACCAUCAUGUAUCAUAGUCCUAUGUCAAUG